AUUUCCUUUGGGUAAUCAGUGGAAUGUUGAUUUUAAAAGCCUGAGGAUCAGUGCUGACCUCACAAUUUGAUGCAGCCCUCGAGGACGUCGCUGGCAGGAGCAGUUCGCUGUGCUGGCAGGAUUUGAGUUAACAUAGAGCUUUGUGCUCAGAAGCACCAUCCCAGUCUGGCCAGUAGAUGGUGCACACAGAGCUGACAAAAUGACAAAGUGUGAGCCCUUUGCAAGUCACAGGGAUCUGCUGGGAUCCUUCUGAAGGUUAGUUCAAUGCGCAGCAAAACUCCCAAGUUUCAACCCUCUGCAGAUGUCAGUAUCCCUUAAACCUGUCUGCUACAUUAUGACGCUGUCUUGUGAUAGCUUCUCAAAGCUGAAUGCAUCAUAAUUCUGUAUGUUGUUCACACUUUCAGAGCUGCCGAUCUCUUUCUAUAUCCAUUAUCUCUUUGCAGUAUGACUGUGAUUUGGAUUCUGAUUUUAGAACCUGGAAUGCUACCAUGGAGGUAACACCAUGGUAAUUUAUAACCUGAUUCUGAACUGCAGUGGCUUCUGAAAGCAUGAAGCUGGAUAAUAGUGAGGAUUCUGCUGCUGUUUCCUUUGUUUCCAAUGGUUAUUUUUGUUUGUUGGGUUGUUUCUCUUUUCUCAAACUCAACCAACAAGACAACUCUCCAUUCUGAUUCUUGGAAAUAAAUGCUUCAGACCAUAGUUUUAGUAGAAAGGGGGCUACCCUGUAGAUACAAGAUAACUAAAGUUAAUGCGUAGCUGGCUAAAAUUUACAUUCCUUUGCAUGGCAGCAGAGGAAAAUGGGGAAAACUUUCUCUGAACUGGUUUUUCAGAUGACCAGGGUAUAUAUUUGGGUUUUUCUUACAUGGAUCUUCAUUUCAAGAAAUUUAGAAGGUUCUAAUCACACUAUAGAGAAGGAAAAAAAAAGUCUUUUUUUAUUCUGUAUUUUUUUCUUCAGUGCAUACUGAAAGUCAUCCCACCAAGCUAUAUAUUCAGGACAUUUUUUUUCCUGGUGUGAUCAUAGACCUUUGAACCCGGUAAUAACCUGAUUAAAUCUGCUUGCUACUUCCUCCUGCCAUAAACUCUGUGUGUAUUGCAGCUGAGAAGCACCAGGAAAGCCCUUGCUGGGAGCUGAGAGCAGGCAUGCACAUAGCUAAGGGAAGAACUGAUUCUUACCUCGUCAGCAGCUUUGUGCUGCACGGCUUCACAGACGCUUGAUGUGGGACUGCAUCCUAGAGCUUGAUGCUUCAUUCAGUUCUCGUGGCCAUAAAAGCAGAACGUGGAACUAAAGGUUAAAGAUGAAUGUUUGAGUUUAACCAAUACAGCUACAGUUGCCUUAAGGACUUACUUCCGAAGGCAGUGGUUGGAUCAUUCUGAUUCAGAGCAGAACACCCUCAGAUCAGCAGAAAGAAGCAAACAACAAGUUCCAUUUGGGAGUGCCUGCUGAUCUGUUCUCCCAGCUGGAGCUGUCAUCCUGCUCAAGAGAUCUCUGGUGGACCAUAUCAACCAGAUCGCUUUCGUCCACAUGCUUGCUGACCUCGUCAAAAAGCACUUGAGAGGCCUGGAAGGUAAACAAUAAGUUAAGAGAUUAUGUGUUGACGCUGCCCAAACAGGUCCUAUUUAUCCAGAUGCACACUAAAUCUAGCCCUUAUUGCUGUUUCUGUAACUUUGUGUGGUUCAAAGUCCUGGUGGCCUUUAGCAUCACUCACCUUGUCUCCCUCCUUUUUGCCCCCAGAACAAUAUUAGAAAUUUGUGUCACGCUGCUGCUCUCUGUUCACAGAAAGCUCAAAGAGAAAGUUUACAUGCUGCCAUUAGUAGCUACUUACCUGCACUCCCCUAGGAAACUCAGGUGCCUAGCAUAGUUCCUGGGGAUUUCUACUCCUCAUGUUUUAGGUUCCAGCUGUUCCCAAUCAGCUCAGGUUCAGGCAGAGGCUCUGCUGACUCUCUCAGAAAGAAGGGUUCAAGUACAGGAAUUACCUCCUUAUUGCAGUGUGUACAUGCAUGUGCACGUCACGAGGUUUUCUCUAUAAAUGUUUUGGCCUCUCUUCUCUUUUACUCUGCAGAUGCCUUUGGUCCACCAGACUCCAGUGGUCUUGGUCUUGAUAUAUCUGGAAAAGAUUUAAUAUUAGCUCUGAUUUCUCUUACUAUCUGCUGUUCAUACUUUUAUUGCUCUGUUACUGUGUUUUCCUUUUAAUAUAUAGUUUGUGACUCUGGCAUUUGGUUUUUCAGUUGGAGAUGAAUUCAACUUCUUGCUUCUGAUAGCCUGUCUUGUGGUCACACUAUCCUGUGUCUGCUUAGUUUUAGUGCUUCUCAAGAUGUUAGCAGCUGUGCUGCAUAUCCUUACUAUUUCAAGCUGCUCCUCUCUGUUUCCUUUUCACAAGUUUUGUCAUGUCUGUGUCUCUGUUCUUUCUGAAGCUGGGUGUAGCCACUGUAAUGCUUGGACUUUGUUAAACCUGGGGAAUUCUGAAUGUAAGCACCAGAACAGCAAUCCCAACCAUCAGUGGAGGAUCUAGUGGAAGAUCUUGCACACUAAUGAGGACCAAAUGAAAGACUCUUCAAUGACUUCCUUGUCCAACUACUCUGUGAAAUUACUUUUAAUGGAGUCAAUGAUUGUUACCCAAAGUACAGUUUCUGCAGAUUCAGCACUAUGUACACUUAAAGCUAGCAUUUCAGUCCAUGCAGAGCCCGUGUCACCUGGGGGGCUUUUGCUACGUUCCUUUGAUUUCAGUGAUCACUAGUAAAUUUCCCUACCUUAUGCCAGCUAGAGUGACUCUUGUGUUUUCCAUUGAUUUUAUGUCCUGGUACUGUGAUGUCCAACUUGCCUGGUAUGCGACUGCCUUCAUCUAAAAUUUCCUUCAUUUUUUUUCUCUGUAUUUUUAUCAUUUUUAUUGUUGUAGGUGUUCUUUCUUUCCUCAUUUCCUAUUUAAAAGGCACUCUGUCCAUUUUCCACUCACUAUUUCUGUACUCUAGCCUCUUCUGCAGUCAACAAAAGCAGAAUUUCUAUGCCUUUGCUCACGGCAAACUGCUGCUUCGCCACGACGGCUGUUCUUCAAUUUAUAGCACAGUCAUAUUCUUCAUGACUUUAAGUGCCAGUGGAGUAGCCCCCGGUAAGUCCAUCCUUUCCACACAAGCUCUUUUAAUCCCAGAUGUGCUCCACAUCAAUCUGAAAUGUUGCUCUUUUUACCAUUCUCUCAGUGACAUUAUGAAAAUUUCCUUCUUGCUAGUCACAUACACAGAGCAGUGGGGAUAGUUCUGUUGGGGAAGGUCUCAUCCAUGUUCUCCUCCAACAAGGUGAAUUUGCCUCCAGAAAGGCAUGAGAAAAGACAAACCACAACUUCCUUCCCCUUUUAGGGAACUGAGUCCCUUCCUCUUUUAGAGUACUGACCCACUUUGCAUGGGUAAGGACAAAAAGAGCCCCAUCAAUCUUUCAUUUAAUUUCAAAAGCCCUUCUACCCAAACGAGUUUUUAUUUCCUUAUGAACGUUGCCCAAAUUAUAAUUGAUAAACAUCCCACCAAACUUUUUUCUUUUUUUGCAUUAAAUUUAUUGUGUUACGAAAUAUUAUUUUAGUAGCCAGAUCCCAUAAGCAUAUUAUGAAAAAUGAUCUUACAUUACAACAGAAAACAGCUUUUGAGGAGAUACUGAAUGUAUUAACUGUCAGUAGAGCUACAAUACUGAGGCACAGUUUCCAUUAAAAAUCUACUUUGCAGUGUCAGAAACCUUUACUUAAAGUGCUGCAAAAAUCUAUCAUUUGACGCUCACUUUAGGAUCUUUAGCAGUCCUCCAAAUGUUAAAGCACUGCUUUUAUUAUUUUGUUGUUCCAAGUGCACAUAAAAAUCCCAGCAGGAAUCAGAGCCAAACCAAGGCAGGCAGAAGACGUUCCCCACCACAAAGAGAGAAGUCGCAGGAGAGUGGCUGUGUCCACAUGCCCUUCUUUGUCCUGUUUCUCAAUCCCGUUUCUAGUAUUUCAGGAGGCCUUGUCUAAUCUGAGUUUGAAUAUGCAGUAGGACAGAAUUUGGCAGUCACUUUUGAGUAAAAAGAAGGCUCGUAUUACAAUGAAGGUUUGUAAUUCCUUUUUAUGAAUUCUGGAAAUUACCUACUGUGUUUCUGUGUACUGGGAGAAAGAACACUCUAAAAUGUUGUAUUAACAUGAAGAAUGUUGUUCUUUAAAUGCUGAAACUUGAAGAGAGUAAGGAUUCCUAACAAUAACAGACCCUUCAAGCCCAACUAAGAACUCACAAUCUUGGAACGCAUGCUAGAGGUUCGUGUAGCUUGUUAAAGAAAGGUAAAGAAUAUAUAAAAAUUCAGAUUGUGUGGUUUCAUCAUACCCUGAUUGUAAAAAUGACCCUUUCAUAACUUGUUAGAAGGGUAGGAUGCUGCAACAAGAAAUCUAAAGAAACAGUAAAGAAAUGCUGUUUUACUUUCUGUUCCCAUUUUGAUAAAAGCUAAAUAUUCAUUAAUAUUUUAAAAUUAAGAUUUUAAAAUAAUUAAGACCGCAAAAGCCAGCAAAUAGCCUAAGUGUCCACAAAGAAAAGACCAUCCAGGUGGACUUAACACAACAAAAAAAAUAACCAGAGUAUUGCUUAAGCAUUUUCUAUGAUCUCUCUGCACCCAGAUCAGUUGCUGGAUGCUUCAUACAUCCACUUUCAGUUUUACUGUUUGUUUUUCCAUGGCCACAUAUGGAAUUCACCAAGUCAAAUGUUUUUUAUGUGUCAAAAAAGAAUCAUUUGGCUUUUGGGCAUACUUACGGUAUUAGUUGAAGUUCUCCGAGUUUCUGUUUCAUUAAAGUACCUUUACACAUGCCCAGGGCUGGUAUUUUAAAGGGCUAACAGGCUCUCCACUAAAACCAGAGACAUGUUUUAAUACCAAACUUAUAAGCAGAAUCUAGGUAGGAACAAAAUAUUUUCUCCUCCAGCAAAUCUCUCAAGCCGUCAUCUGUUUUGCUUUGUUGUGUUUCCUGUGAAGGCCUGGAUAUUGCAAGCACUGAUGUUGCAAGGUGGAAAAAGUAAUAAACAACCCUUGUUCCCUGUUUAGAUGUCCCAGUUUCAGAGUCACUUCUGAGGGGACCGGAGGGGGCAAGAAAUUACCAUCUCCAAUGCCACUUCCCAUUCUUGGGAGAUGCUGGAGGUAGCAAAUCCUUUUCCAGCAUUUCCUUUGUGCUCACUGCCACGUGGAUGCUCUCAACCCAGCCAGAAAAACCAGAUUAUGAAGUGUUGAUUGUAAAACAGGGAGGAAGUCUGCUCAGGCAAAGUACCUAUUAAGUGUGGUGAGCAGAAGUGAGAUUGAGGUGGAGAUUUAUGGAUAGACAGGUGUUGAUGCUUUCUGCAGGUAACGCUAUUGUUAAAAACAUAUGGGUGCUAUAAACAUAUGGGCAUGAAAGCAAAGAAGAUAUCUGUUGAUGAACAAGAAAGACUGCUAGAAAUAAAAGGCUCUUAGUCAUGAUGUUGGCACCUCCAAAGGCUUUUUGAUUGUAAAGGCAAAGUCUGCUUGGAAGCAGGAGGAAAGGCUGCUGUGCAUUGGUGUCAACUGUUGUAGAGUCUCCCUGUACCUGAAGUUCUCUAUAUGUUACUCUCUAGGAAUGCUUGAAAUCUGCUCUGCUGUGUAUGCUGCUCUGCAAUGAGCUGUAGUUAUGGAUGGGGACGGGAAACAUUUGCGGUUUGCAAUACAGAAACUGUUCACCUGUUACGCUGUGAGUAACAUUCAAAUAGCAGUUGACAUCAAAUGCAGAAGCCUCAUCCAUAAUGCCAGCAUGAAUCCUUUUAGAAAUACUCUUCGACACUGCAUUAAUUUUGAUAAGCUUUGUACAGAUCGCUGUAGAAGAUUUUUAAAGGUUAUCAUAUGACACAAGCACAGAUAUUAUUUCCUGUGCUAUUUCCUCCUCCUAUAGUGGUUUGUUGGCUGGCCUUGUUGGCUUUGUUGGUUUUGUUUUCAUUUGCAGAGUAACCAUCCCAGGUACAAUCAUCUAUCUUGAGGAAUUACUUUCUCAUUCUCCUUUGCAAAAUCUGGUGUAAUUAAAACAGGAAAGACGUCUCUUCUAUAGGUGAGAGACACGUUAUUUAGGUGGGAGGGCAAGCGAGUUCAGCAGAGAGAAGGCUGUUUGAAAUACUGCCUUUGAAAGCUGGCUUCCUUAGGAAGAGAUGUGCAGGAGCCAGGCACUGUCAGUAGUGGGGGGGACAGGGAACAGUGUGGCAUCAGAUUGCACAGCAUUUGAUUAGACGAAUCGCACAGAGUGCAAGCCCACCAACAGGUUAACAACCACAAUUUACUUAGCUUUUAGCUGGUCAUUUCCACAGAGCAUUGUGCUGUAAUUUUUUUUAUCGUAGUAGAUGGAUAAAAAAGAAGCAAACAAAAAAGUAUGUGUUUCUUUUUAAUGUUCUUGAUAGAAAAUGUAGUAAAACUACUGUAUAUACAGUAUAUGGUUUUCAGUAACUUUGUUUUUGAACUUCUGUCAUCAAAGCAGAGCCGCCUUAAUUGUGCUUGUUCAGUAAAGCAGGUGUACAGAUCUGAGUCUGUAAAUCCUCACCUGUCUGCUGCUUGGCUGUGGAAGAAGGGAACUAUGCAUUUUGCUUUGUGUUCAGCAGCAAUGCGUUUACCAUUAGGCACGACACGCUCAACAAGUGCAUACAAGUUAAGAACUCACGGAUUGUGAUAGAUGACUGCAGAGAGACGAGUGAAGGUCUGUGGAAAUGGGUAUCCCAGAAUCGCCUUUUCCACCUGGGCGCCAAGCAGUGCUUGGGACUCGAUAUAUUCACCAAAUUACCGUCCCGCCUGAGAAUGGUGGAUUGCAACUCAGACCUUCGGCUGUGGUGGCGGUGUGCUGAUGGCUCUGUGGUUGGUGCAUCUCAGUACAAGGUGACCGUCAAGAGUGCCUAUGUAACAGCCAGCAUAAACGCGUCCGACCAAUGGAGAAGCAACAACUCCUCUGGUGAUAUAUGCCAGUAUCCGUACCAUGAGGUUUAUACCAAAGAUGGGAACUCCUAUGGGAAGCCCUGUGAGUUCCCCUUUCUGUACAACACGACGUGGCAUCAUGACUGCAUUCGGGAUGGGACACACACGGGCGGGAAAUGGUGCGCCACGUCUGAAGAUUAUACUCGUGAUGGAAAAUGGGGAAUCUGCUUACAGCCAGAGGAUGGUUGUCGUGAUAUCUGGGAACACAAUGCAGGCUCUCAACAUUGCUACCAGUUCAAUACCCAGUCUGCUCUUUCUUGGAAGGAAGCUUAUAUUUCAUGUCAGAGGCAAGGUGGAGACUUACUUAGCAUCCAAGAUGUGUCGGAAUUAAAGUACAUACAAGGUAGAUCUAAGGAUGACAUCGCUGAGAUCUUCUGGAUUGGCUUAAAUCAGCUGGAUGUUUCUAGAGGCUGGCAGUGGUCAGAUCACAAACCUUUGAACUUUGUCAACUGGCAUCAAGAUAUGCAGGAUUUGUCCCCUCUGGAUGGGACUAGCUGUGUGGCAAUGAAUGCUGCCUCUGGUCAGUGGCAGAGUUACCACUGUGGGAACCCACUUCCAUAUGUUUGCAAGAAGUCAUUCAAGGAGGUUUCAAACCUCACAGAGUUUUGGAGACACUUGGAUACUCGCUGUGAUGUGGGUUGGCUUCCCCACAGUGGUUUUUGCUACAUGCUGAUACACAACCAGGCAUCUUGGAGUACAGCAGAUCAGUUGUGCAAAACAAAUAAAAGUAACCUCAUCAGCAUACACUCAUUGGCAGAUGUGGAACUCAUUGUUACAAAGCUUCAUAAUGAUGCUAAAGAAGAAGUGUGGAUGGGUCUCAGGAACGAAGACGUACCGACCUUGUUCAAAUGGUCAGAUCACACAGAUGUGGUUUUUACAUACUGGGAUCAGAAUGAACCAAAUGUUCCUUUUAAUGCCACUCCUAACUGUGUGUCUUAUUCAGGCAAGCUGGGGCAGUGGAGAGUCAAAUCCUGUGAAGAAAACUUGAAAUAUGUAUGUAAGAAAAAAGGAGAGAUUUUAAAUGAAACAAAAUCAGACAAAAAUUGCUCACUGGAUGAGGGUUGGGAGAUGCAUGGAAACUACUGCUACAAGAUUUUGGAAACAGAAGUUUCAUUUGGAGCACUGUGCAACCUUACAGUUACAAACAGGUUUGAGCAAGAAUUUAUAAAUAGUCUGAUUAGAAAACACACCAAAGUUGAAGAAAAAUACUUCUGGACUGGUUUGCAAGACAUUAGCCAAUCUGGAAUGUAUUCCUGGGCUGCAGUGGAUGGGGAAAAAAGUGAAGCUGUGACAUAUACUAACUGGAACUCCUUGCAACCAGAGUUCUCGGGAGGAUGUGUGGUCAUGUCCAGUGGGAGGUCUCUUGGAAAGUGGGAAACUAAGGACUGUAAAACCACAAAAGCAUUCCCUGUUUGCAAAAAAUACAUCGGGCUGCCCAAGGAACCAGAAGUGCUCCCAAAGCCAUCUGAUCCCUGUCCCCCUGGGUGGCAUAACGGAUCUGGCCUUGCCUGCUACAAGUUCUUCCACAGUGAAAGAGUGCUGCGAACCAGAACUUGGGAGGAGGCGGAAAGGUUCUGUGAAGCACUUGGAGGCCAUCUUCCCAGCUUCACUCAUACGGAAGAAAUCAAGGCGCUUCAUUCCAUCCUGAGAAAAAUUAUCAGUAAUGACAGAUGGGUAUGGAUUGGAAUGAAUAAGAGGAGUCCAGAUUCUUUGGGAACCUGGCAAUGGAGUGACGAUAAACCUGUAACUAGUCUUGUCUUGCCACAUGAUUAUCUGGAAGAUGAGUAUGACACAAGGGACUGUGUUGCUUUAAAGACCUUUCAGUUUUCAAGGAGAUCAUUUUGGAGAUUUUAUUUCCAUGAAGGCAGAGACCUGGAGUUUUAUUUCAAGCCUUUUGAUUGUGAGGCUAAACUUGAAUGGGUCUGCCAGAUAACUAAAGGUAGCACUCCAAAGACACCUGAGUGGUAUAUACCAGAUGAAAUUGGAAUUCACGGAGUCCCACUUGUUGUUGAUGGAGCAGAGCUAUGGUUUGUACCAGAUAAAAACCUGAGCUUUCAAGAAGCUAUUUCCUUCUGUCAGAAAAAUGAUAGUGAAUUGGCCUCUGUGGAGUCUUACCCAAAACUCAGGACAAUACUAUCUCAGAUAGAAAAGUUAUCAAACAGUGAACAGAAGUGGUGGCUGAAGUUUAUUGAUUAUGGCUACAGCUAUCAUUCACCUUUACAGUUAUUUCCACGCUUCCAUGAUCGAUCCCUGAGGGACUGCUGGUAUGUUUCUAGGAAGAGCUGGUAUAGAGACUACCCGGUUAACUGUAACAUGAAGCUGCCCUUCAUUUGUGAGAAGAAUAAUGCCUCCUUGCUGGAGAAACACGAUCCCAGUUACCGCCCAGUCACAGGAGGUUGCCCUAAGGGUUGGCUUCGAUUUCGGAAUAAGUGCUUCCUAAAGAUGAAAUCCGAGUUCUUAACAUUUAAUGCAGCUAAUGAAAAGUGUGUAACUUUUGGAGGCUCUCUUCCAUGCAUCUCAAGUCAAGCUGAGCAAGAUUUUAUAACAUCCUUGCUUCCUCAAAUGCCGAGAGAUAUUUGGAUUGGUUUGCAGUUUUUGUUCAGCACAAGAGAAAACAAGUGGAUAGAUGAGAGCAGACUGUUGUAUAGUAACUUUCACCCACUCCUGACAGGAAGACUGAGGAAAAUUCCACUGGAUCUUUUUGAUGAAGAAUUUAACAAUCAGUGUGGUGUAAUCCUCAACGAUCCCAAGUCUCACUAUGUUGGAACAUGGAAUUUCACUGCUUGUGCUGACAGGCACUUCUUGGGUAUAUGCCAGCGUCCCAUAGGUAUAGGAGCUACUGAUAACCAGACAGAGCAAGUUCUCAAUGACACAUUUAGCUAUCAAAAUGUUCAAUAUAAAAUAAUUCUAAAGAAUUUGACCUGGAAUGAUGCAAUGGCUGCAUGCAUAAAUCACAAGAUGCAGCUGGUUAGCAUCACAGAUCAGUUCCAGCAGGCUUCUCUCGCUGUUCAGGCUGCCCUUCAUGAUUACCCACUGUGGAUUGGACUCUUCAGCAGAGAUGGUGGAAAACAUUACGGCUGGUUGGAUGGGAAACAUGUAAGCUUCAGUCGCUGGUCUGAAGAUGAUGAAGAGACAAGCGAAGAGUGUGUGUAUUUGGAUACUGAUGGCUUCUGGAAAACUUCUGACUGCUACUCUGAAAAUCGAGGUGCUAUUUGCUACUCAUCAGAAAAGAAGAAUGAAAAAGAACAAGUAACACAAGUUAAGUGCCCGCAUAAGAUUAAAAAUACACCGUGGAUAUCAUUUAGAAACAAUUGUUACACUUUUAUGAUAACAAAAAAUAGAUGGCGAGAAAUGAAGUCUCAAGAAGCUCAUCAUUUAUGCAAGAAAAUGAACCCAGAAGCAUUUGUUCUGAGUGUUCGAGAUGAAGAAGAAAACAAUUUUGUUACUGAGCAGCUUCAUUCAUUCAGUGGUUUGGCUGUGUGGGUCUGGCUGGGUGUCAUUUACGAUGAUAGUGAUAAAGUUCUGAAGUGGUAUGAUGAAACUCAUCUGACUUACAAUAACUGGAGGCUGGGAAGACCGAUCAUAAAGAAGAACAGCUUUUUUGCUGGUGUAAAUCUUGAUGGUUUCUGGGAUAUUUAUAAUUAUUCUCAAAGUUGGCAAGCUCAUCACUAUAAUGUGUACAGUAUUCUCGCCUGCAAAAUUGAAAGGGGACCCCAGCAGCACAAGCCUCCACUGCCUGAGUUUAUUCCACACGGAGACACAACAUACAGAAUCCUUCAGAAAAAGCUAACGUGGUAUGAUGCAGUCAGAGAAUGCAAACAAAAUAUGAGUGAUUUAGCAAGCGUACACAGUGAAUCACAGCAGUUAUUUCUAGAAGACAUUGUCAAGCAGGAUGGCUAUCCGCUGUGGCUUGGGUUGUCCAUUCACGAUGGAAGUAAAGCUAAUUUUGAAUGGUCAGAUGGAAGCAGUUUUGACUAUUAUCCAUGGGAACUAGAAAACUCAAAUACGACUGAGAACUGUGUUCUGUUGGAUACUAAAGGAUCGUGGAACCGUGCAAAAUGUACAAGUGUUGCUGAAGGAGCCAUUUGCUAUAGCUUUUCAAAUGAGAAACAAUCAGAGCAAAACCAAGUGAGCCAAGCUUCAGGAUGCUCACAGCUCAGUGGAGAACUACCAUGGAUACAGUAUAAGGAUCACUGUUAUGCAUUUGACAUGGCUUUCUACAAUUUUUCAGUAUAUAACGUGGAAGAUGCUAUGAAAGUUUGCAAGAAACUGAGUCCUUCAGCAGCCCUUCUGACCAUAGGGGAUGCUGAGGAAAAUGCAUUUGUGAGUGAACAUAUAAAGAAAAAUGAUCUAAUUACUAGGAAAGUAUGGCUUGGACUGACUCAGAGCUCUAAGGGUCAGUCCCUGCACUGGCUUGAUGGCUCAUCAGUUAAUUACGCCAACUGGGAUAACAGAACUGCAGAACACAGUGAAAAAUGCAGUGUGAUCGUGUCCACAACUGGCAAGUGGUCCAAAGUUGACUGCGGUCGUAGUCAAAGCAGAGUGGUUUGUAAAGCUCCUUUAGGUUCUAAUCACACUGGGGUGGCUGUAGCUUUUGCCCUGCUAAUUAUCUUAGUCCUUGUUGUCGGAUUAGUGUGGUUUAUCUGUAAAAAGAAGCGUCUUCACUGGAGUGCCUUCUCUUCAGUACGUUAUCAAAGAGGGAUAAAUGAUGAUGAAGCUGAUGAUGUGUUCACAAAAGAUGGCUAUUGAGAAGAACUGUUCCUUCUAGGCAAUUCAGCAUGAACUUCACUGUGUGAAGCCGUAAGGACUGAAUCACUUGAUGUUUUGUUACUUCUUUUUGAAAAAGUAAUAAGGUUAUUAACAGGGGCUGAGUUUUGUUCCUUUAUACAAGUGUGCAAUUUUUUGAGCCCACGGUAAUUAUUUACAUUUGGCCUCAGUUGUUAAAGGUACAAGGUUUUUGGAGUUGUGUAAUGUAUUUUAGAGUAUUAUUUUCCAUCUCUUUACUGGAAAAUGUUUUUAAUUAAAUAAUUAAUGACGACUUACUUCAUGCAAUGUCACCUUAUUGAAUGCAUGUAAAGUAGCCUCAUCAAUUCUCUAACUUUGUACAAUUUUCACUCAGUAACUUCAGGCCAAUUAUGUGCCAUUUUGAUGUGCUAAGGAUUCUGCUGCUAGCAUUGGAUUAUCUAGCUAGAACAGAGAGGAUAAAUUAUUGGUGUAGCAACUUUUGUGGCAAGCUGUUAUAAAUUUUUAUAUAGUAGGAGAAAAAGGAGUGAUCAGACAACAAAUCUAAAUUUCUAGAAGGAAGAUACUGUUGUUACUUUCUCUCCCAAAUUAAUAACAAUAAUUCAAAAGCUAUACUGGUGAGAUAAGAAUGUUGGAAUGCAGAGAGUUACGGAAAAUAUCCUGCACUAGAGCUGUGCCAUUUAUGAGAAAGUUUAUUAAUAAAUGUGGAAUAUUUUAUAUUUGAGACUGUGACAAGCUGGCAGAUCGCUAAUCAUGGCACAGCUAUCAGAAACACCCAGUAAGGACUGACUGUAAGUACAAGCAGAACUCAAGGCAGUAAGAGCCUCAGCCUUGUGAAAGCAAAGGUAUGAAUGUUGUGUUUUAUCCUGUGAUAUAAUUGUUAAAUAAAUCAUUCAGUUUCUUUUCACAGCACCACAGCACCUUUAACAAAGGUUUAGAAGCACAAAUAGCAGAAAUGUUUACAGUGAAAAUCAGUAUCUAGACAUAAGCAUAAAAAAUUAAAACAUUUUUUAAAUGCACUCAGAGUAGCAGUUAGAGGAAGAAUUAUUCCAUUCUAUCCCAUGGCUUCACACUACUCUGAAAUUAGACCUGUGUGACUUUCUUCUGGAUAAAACAGAAAAGACCUUCUCCAUUUUAUAAUCAGUUGCAGUGUGACAUCUGAGGAUGGGAGUGUUACAGAGACAGUGUUUUAUGUUCUUUAAUGAGACCCUCCUGACAUUUUACCUCCACUAAUACUGUUGGUUUUUAUUAUGGGUAAAUGCUUAACUAUAUAAAGCAGAAUAUCUGUUAUCUGUUUAAGAAAUAACAAAGAUACCUAAGGAAGGAAUGAGGAAGAAUGUAUGGUAAAUUAAGCUGUGUAUGUAAAUGCUAAAAAUACUUGAGUAUUUUACAUAAAACUUAAACUUGA